ACUGUUGGGGAGGGGAGUGGAACCUCAACCCAGCACGUUAUCAUGAUAGAGUCUGCAGAGGCUGCAGGUCCUGGAGGAUCAUCUGCGGUCAAGCAGGAGAGGACUGAAGGAGAGGAGAACCCACAACAGAGCAGAGACAUCGAGACUGGAACAGCGGCUGUACUAGUGCCCCCUGCAGCCACGGAUCACCUAUCCACUGCUGCGCCCCAGCCCAGGACGCGAUGCAGCAUGGUGGAGGUCAGUGGAACUCCGAACGCCGCCCUCAAGUCAGAGAUGAACACAGAGACUUUAGUUGUAACACAGAGGCUUUUACACACAGGAUCUGACCACAGGCCAGACCCAGAGAGUCUGGGGCUGGGGAGACUGGUCUGUCCACCUGCUACCGGAUCAGAGUAUUUACUUUACAGUAAUCCAAGACCGAGGACUGUUCAUUCCCAUCGGGACUCAGGUGACACGUUAGAGACUGGCAAUGAUCCGUCUUGUUCUUACUCUACAGAGGUGGACCAUGGCAACAUGCCCUUGGAUUUGGAGACACAGACUGAUCUGUCUAGAGCGGACUGGAACCCCUACAGUAGUAGUGUAUACUCUGAAGGGUGCCUAGAUAAGAAAGGGGAGGUUAUAGUGGUAGAUGAAGUGACUGUGAAAGUGGAGGGCGACGCUCUUCUGGCAUGGAAUGUAGACGAGGCUCACUUAGGAGAAGGACACUCACAUGGCAGAGAUUUCUUAGAUUACAGGGGAAGCUUAAAGACAAAUCUAAAUGUCCCGACUCACUCCCCUUUACACGCGUUCAGGGAUCGCGACCCAGUGUCCACAUCAAUGGCACCUUCCGAUUCACAUGGCCGCGUCUUUUUCGAUCAGGUAUUGAACUCAAACGACAUGGCCAGAGCUCAGGGAGGGGGAGCCACAUCAGGCAAUAGUAAAGAGAAACAGUUCCUCUGCAUGUUCUGUAACAAAGGCUUCACCUGCCCUCAGAAGGUGGAGAUCCACCAGAGGGUCCACACAGGAGUGAAACCCUUCAGCUGUACCCAGUGUCACAUGCGCUUCGCCCUGGCUGGCAACCUGAAGAGACACCAGAUGGUCCACACAGGGGAGAAACCCUUCAGCUGCCCCCAGUGUGAGAAGAGGUUCUCCCAGGCUGGUGACCUGAAGAGGCACCAGAGGGUCCACACAGGGGAGAAACCCUUCAGCUGUACCCAGUGUCACAUGCGCUUCGCCUUGGCUGGCAACCUGAAGAUGCACCUGAAGGUCCACACGGGAGAAAAGCCGUUUGCCUGUACACACUGCGGGAAGAGGUUCUCCGAGAGGAGCUACCUCAGUAUACACCAGCAGAAAAAACAUUCCACUCUAUAACAUAGAAAGUAACCAUUCCACUCGAUAUCCUCUGACGUUUAGAUGAAACCCUGCACAAAGACAAAUAGAUUGAUAUUGUUGUCAGCGGAAAAUAUCCACAGAUUCAUUUAGAAUAACGAGUGUAACAGAUUUCAGUGUUGAAUAUUGCAUCCAGGCAUUGUGUGAUAUACACGGAGUGUAUGAAACAUUAAGAACACCUUCCUAAUAUUGAGUCGUACCACCCCCUUUUGCCCUCAGCACAGACUCAAUUCGUCAGGGACAUGGACUUUACAAGAUGUCAAAAGCAUUUCCCAGGGAUGCUGGCCCGUGUUGACUCCAUUGCCUCCCACAUUUGUGUCAAGUUCCUUUGUGGUGGACUAUUCUUGAUACACACGAGAAACUGUUGAGCUUG